UACCCUAAACCUCCCCCACCUUGUCUGCUCUAAAGCCUCACUAUCGACCACCCGAAACACACAUUUUUCUCUUAUAUUUCAUCAAAUACUAACCAAUUUAGCACCCAAGUUGAUCACUCAAUGCGUUAAUAGAUGUUUCUGGGUGUUGAUUUAAACUUGAUUAUCGUCGGUAAUCUCGAGCCCUCUUUGAUUUUGGUUAAAGUUCAGCUGGGUUUAGGAUCCGGGUGCUACAUUUUUUUUGGCUAGCAGAGUGGGGUGGGCAGUUUGUGAUACAAAGAGACACAGGCUGCAUGGGAGGUGAUACAUGUCUUAGUGCCAAGUGCACACCUACUCUCAUUGUUAUCAUGUCGAAAGUUGUCCAUAUCCUCCUCUUCUUUUUCUAAACAGAGUGUGUGGACAUAAAUUCAAAUGUCACUCGGAAUCCUUCCAAAAACAAGAAGCAUCAACCACCUUUCAUGAGCCAUGACAAACAUGUAAACUUGUCACCUUACUCGAUAUGUUUGCCAAGUAAUCCCACAAAUUCCAAUACAAUUCUUCUAUAAAGAACACCGUAUGCUCUCCCUCCCUUUCACCACUGCCCCAUUUUCUCUACUGCGCGCAAUGGCUCCCUCUCUUCACUGCCUCCCCGUUUUCUUUGCUCUUAUCAUCUUGGUAGCAGCUGAUCAGCAGCCCCCAACCACUCUCCUGACUAAUGACAGUGUCUCUUCCAGGCCUAAUGCUCUUGUCCUGCUCGUUAGCAAGAACGAGGCAACGAAUCUUCAUGUAGUAGACAUCCAAAAGAGGACUCCUCUGAAGCCAGUCCCCCUGGUUCUGGAUGUAAAUGGGCGGUCGUUGUGGGUUGAUUGCGAGAGCAACUACCUGUCAUCAACCUACAACGCCCCACAGUGCCACUCCACUCAGUGCUCUAGAGCCAACCUUCACGACUGCCGCACUUGCUCGGCCCAAACCAGGCCCGGCUGCCACAACAACACAUGCGGGCUCAACGCGGCGAACCCUAUCUCCGGGGAGACCGCCUUCGGUGAGCUCGCCCAAGAUGUCCUCUCAAUUCCAUCCACAGAUGGGUCUAGCCUCGGGCAAUUGGUCACUAUCCCUCAGUUCCUCUUCGCUUGUGCGCCUUCCUCUCUGGCACAAAAGGGGUUCCCACCUGCUGUACAAGGAGUUGUUGGCUUAGGCCACACUUCGAUUGCCCUACCGACUCAACUGGCUUCCCACUUUGGAUUCCAACAGAAGUUUGCUCUGUGCCUCACUUCCCCACUUAACCAUGGAGUACUUUUCUUGGGAGAAGCCCCCUACAGACUACAUCCCGGCAUCGACGUCUCACAUCCACUAGGCUCUACCCCACUAUCCAUCAGCAGAGAAGGCGAGUACUUCAUACAAGUGACAUCAAUAAGGAUCAAUGAGAGGGUCGUCCCAGUGAACCCGGCCUUGUUAAACAGAAGACCUGGUUCGACUCUGAUCAGCACCACAACGCCUUACACCGUCCUGGAACACUCAAUCUACCAAACUUUCACUCAGUUCUACGCGAACCAGAUGUCGUGGGCACCCCGGGUGCAACCAAUUGCACCCUUUGGGCUGUGCUUUGACGCGACUAAGAUGACUGCAACGCAAAUCGGGCCUGAAGUUGCUAACAUUGAUCUUGUAUUGCACAACCGUAACAACGUAUGGAGGAUUGUUGGCGCAAACUCAAUGGUACAGCCGCGACCUGGGGUCUGGUGCUUAGGCUUUGUGGAUGGAGGAUCCAACCCUAAAGCUCCAAUUAUUCUAGGGUCAUAUCAGUUGGAGGACAAUCUUCUGCAGUUUGAUCUGGCUAGGUCAAAGCUGGGCUUCAGCUCUUCGCUGCUAUUCCGUGGAACUCAUUGUGGUAACUUCUUCGUAGGCUCCGCCCAAACCUCAGCUGCAAAGGAGGAGAAGCAUGUGUAGGCAUAAGUGUGAUAGCUUCUUCCUCUUUUUUGGUGUAUUAGAUCAUGUACAUCUGAAGUUGUACUUGUCUUUCUGCACUAAGUUUUUCUAAGAUGAAUAAAUAAAUGGUGGGGUGAUGUUGUGUUUA